ACGGAACGUCGGUCGGAGACGCCGGAAUAUUGGCUGCAAGAGGACGCCGCGAGCGUCGAAAGGCUGAUGUGCGCGGAACGUUUACAAGCGCCGCAGUAUGCCAUCGUACAUCGCGCGGUGUGGUGACGUUCUUUUGCGCUGUCGCGAAUGUAACGGGACGGGAUUACGUGCUCGCGCGGUAUCGCCUCCGUGAUCUCUUGCCGCCACAACGGGGAAUUAUGUUGACUUGGAGAAAUGGGUAAUUUGGCGACGCUGCUAGUGAAGUUCGGUGCCGCGUUCCUCCUCGCCUGUCACGCGGAUUACACCUUGGCUCAGGACAACGCAUCGGCAGCCAUAGAAUGUAUCGAAUCCGAGACGGGAUGCAGGAGGUGCAGAGACGGGACGUGUGCCAGAUGCGCUGUAUUGUUACAUCAGGGUACUUGUGUGCACACCUGCCCAUCAGGCUUCGUCGCCGACUGGUCCACCCGGGACGAAUACAUGGGUCGUGUCUGUCGAGAGACCGGCUACAUGUUCGGCCUCACCGGUAGCCAGGUCGCGAUUUUGGUAGGGGUGGUCUCCGGUACAACUAUCUGUAUCUUCAUCAUCCUCUGCGGCGCGAUAGUCGUACACCGACGUAAGAAGAAAGCAGUGAAACUGGCCCAGCAGUUUGAAGACAGCGCAGAGAGAAGAGAAUUUCUGAAACACCUAGCGACGCUCCGUGGAGAGGCUAAUACUUUCCUCGCUAUGCUCAAUGAUACUAGAAGACAAGUCAGAGAGUUGUACUACUCGGGAAAUAACGGAGAUGGUGCCGUCGGAAUUCAAGCGUACAGACCAGUGCUGCGUGACCUGGCGAGGAUACUGGUUCUCGUGAAUAGGAGAGACGAUGAGAUACCACUUCCGCCCGACGAUUGGCAACGACUAUUCUCAUGGGCAGAGCGAUUGUUGAGAAGAUAUAAAAGGCACAGUUCUCCAGAAGUGGCUCAGCUCGUGACAUUUCUGCAACAGCCGACCAGCAACCCCGUCCAAAUGACCUCGUUAUCGGCGCAACCGGUCACGACAUCGCAGCCACCACUUCAACCUGUAUACGAACCGAGAAGCACCCCCACUAAUCUCACCACAUUCCAAGCGAACGUGCCUCUCGCGACGUUCCAAGCGAGUGAUAAAUCGAGCAUCAGUCCAGCGAGUUCGAGCCUCGGCUACACAAAGGACAGCAGUCCCCUCGGUUCGAGUUUGGGUCAAAAUAGUGCUUUAGGCAUUUACAGCAGUGAAAAGUUCAGCCCGAACGGCUCAACAAUCGGUCAAACGACACCUCUCGUCUACGGAAAUAAUCUGAAGCGAACAGGAUCGAGGGCGACGAGUGACUGUCAAGAAUUGCAGACCAUCUCUGCGUUUAAUCGCAGUUACAAUGGCACGCUGCCUUUGGAGACCAACAACAUCCGUGCAUUACACGAUGAGUGCGCAGUCAACGAUGGUCUAGACCGCGACUUGAAUCCUCAAUGGAAGUUUCAGAGUAGCCCCGUAGAGGCGGCCAAUUACACCAUUCUGUCGGACUGGUCGCCAGCUCACGAUUAUCUCAUCGAUGAUUUCACAAUUCUCGGUUUUCGGCCGCAGGACGAAAUCACUACGGAAUUGUAGUAUCGACUAAUAUAUAGUGAAAUAUAACAAGAUCUAAACAA